UUGACUCUGUCUCUCUCUCUCAGGCUGUCAUCGUCUUUCAAAUGCUGCCAUUUCCGCGAUCGCAUGGUUUGACCGUCGUCAACCAAACCCUAAAACCUCUCCCCGGAAACCUCGAUCGGUCUUCCUUGUCGAUUGCUUCGGGCGGAAUUGCGACGGCGAAGAUGCGCCAGUAGCUUCGUGUGCAUGUGCUCGCGGUUUCCUUAUUUGUAGCUGUUGUUGUUGUUAUUGUUGUUGCUGCUGCUGCUGUUGCGGCGAUCAUGGUGAUGGAGACGGCGAUUCUGGAGAUUUUGGUGCCCUCGUGGUGGGAGGUCAAGGUCACGGUGGCCACCUCGGUGUUCGUGACGCUCGCGUACUGGUUCUUCACGUACGGGGCCGACGGGAGCGGCGGCGGUGCCGAACCGGAUCGCUCGCUCGCCGAGAAUUCGGCCGCUUCCGGUGACGACAAUGGCAAGAUGGCUCAUUCGAAGGGAGAUUCUCAAAGCAAUUCUGCCUAUGUAAUUAAGGUGGAAUUGUUAGCUGCUAAAAAUCUUAUUGGUGCAAAUCUGAAUGGCACUUCAGAUCCAUACGCUAUCAUAACCUGUGGUACAGAAAAGCGAUUCAGCUCAAUGGUGCCUGGUUCUAGGAAUCCCAUGUGGGGAGAGGAGUUCAAUUUUUCUGUAGAUGAGCUUCCUGUUGAGAUUAAUGUGACCAUAUAUGAUUGGGAUAUAAUUUGGAAAAGUGCUGUUCUUGGUUCAGUGACUGUUCCAGUUGAAUGUGAAGGUCAAACUGGCGCUGUAUGGUAUACUCUGGAUAGCCCAUCAGGGCAGGUUUGUCUUCAUAUUAAAACAACAAAGUUACCCGUAAAUUCGACAAGGGUCAUAAAUGGAUAUUCUGGAACUACUGCUCGUAGGAGAAAAUCCCUAGAUAAUCAAGGACCGACGGUGGUUCACCAGAAGCCUGGGGCCUUGCAAACAAUAUUUAAUCUCCUUCCAGAUGAGGCUGCUGACCAUAGCUAUUCAUGCGCCCUUGAGAGGUCAUUCUUAUAUCAUGGUCGAAUGUAUGUUUCAGCAUGGCAUAUUUGCUUUCACUCUAAUGUCUUUUCAAAGCAAAUGAAGGUAAUUAUACCGUUUCAAGAUAUUGACGAGAUAAAACGGAGCCAGCAUGCAUUUAUCAACCCUGCUAUAACGAUUAUUCUCCGCAUGGGUGCGGGUGGACAUGGUGUACCUCCUUUGGGAAGUCCUGAUGGUAGAGUUAGAUAUAAGUUUGCAUCAUUUUGGAACAGGAACCAUGCAUUGAGAGCUUUACAGCGCGCGUUAAGCAACUUCCACGCAAUGUUGGAAGCUGAAAAGAAGGAAAUGGUUGAGUCAGCAUUACGAGCUCAUAGUAGCUCUGUGAGAGGUAGCAGAAGGUCUCUCAAGACUCCUGAAGAUAGUGUAUCCAAGACUGGAAAGCUUCAACCUUUCAUUAAAGAAGAAGUUGUAGUUGGGAUAUACAAAGACGUCUUCCCUUGCUCAGCAGAAAAAUUCUUUAAUCUACUUUUGAGUGAUGAUUCGAAGUUUACAAACGAGUACCGUUCAGCAAGAAAGGAUACUAAUCUUGUCAUGGGGCAAUGGCAUGCUGCUGACGAAUAUGAUGGUCAAGUGAGGGAGAUUACCUUUAGAUCCCUUUGUAGCAGUCCAAUGUGCCCACCUGACACGGCCAUGACAGAGUAUCAGCAUGCUGUUUUAUCACCAGAUAAGAAAACUCUGGUGUUCGAGACAGUCCAGCAGGCACAUGAUGUUCCUUUUGGAUCCUGCUUUGAGGUUCACUGCCGGUGGCAUUUGGAGACGAAUGAUGAAAGCUCAUGUGCCAUCGAUAUUAAAGUUGGUGCCCAUUUUAAGAAGUGGUGUGUGAUGCAAUCCAAAAUCAAGUCGUCGGCUAUUAAUGAGUACAAGAAAGAGGUGGAGAUAAUGUUAGAUGUGGCCACCUCCUAUCUCAAGUCAAAUGCUUCAGCUGGCAAGACCGACGAGAGUGCUUCAUCUGCCACCGCCGCGACCGAAGGCAGCAGCUAGUAUUGUACAAUGUCUGAACCUGCAUAUGUACCAUUCAGUCUGUACUUGUACCAUGAGAUUAAAAGAAAACGGUUUUGCCUCUUUUUUUCCCAAAGCAGAUGUAGAUUCUGAUGUCCCACGCCACUUCACUUCACCCUGUCUCUUUUUGGGGAGAACUAGAGGUGUAUGUUGUGUCUUUUGUUAUAUAUCACCUGUCAAGUUAAGGUGCAAGAUACUUACCAGCCAUCAAAGACGAUUACAGAGAAAAUGAUGGUUUGGGUUGA